AUGUAUAUACUCAAAAAUCAUUUUGCACCUAAAACUUUGGACACCUAUCUUAGUUUAAUUUAUAGCUCUAAUGAUGAAGAGAAUUCUGAUAUUGCUAGUGAUGAUGAAUAUAUUCCAUCAGGUAGAACAAGACAAUAUUGGCAGUAUUCCCAUCAUCAAUUUCAAUAUCAAAAACGUAAAAAUACACGAAAUAGGAUUCAGGGUUGGGAAGAUUUAUUACAAAAAAUUCGUGCAGCUAUUUUCUUAUCUUUAGAUGAGCUCUGGCUAAUACCAUUUAACAUUAUGCUUAUUGCAACAUUUUUGAACUCUCGUUUUAAAAACUUUGAUUGGUGUAAUGGUAAUGGUAAAGAUGAAGCUAAAAAUUUAGUUCAAGAAUUAUAUAAUGAUACAAAAAAAGAUAUCCUGUCUAGAAAUAGUAUUAAUAGUAUUAUUAGCUCUUCAGAUGAUGAUGACAAUAUUUUCAAAGCGUUAAAAGAUAAAGAAAGAAAUGUGAAAGAUAAUAAUAAAGUGAUGUUUUAUUUGAAAUAA